AUGGAUUCGAAGCCAUCAGCAAGAAUUAAAUGGACGAAUCAAAGAGAAUUCGUCUUGACGGUAGCUGGUUGUUGCAUUGGACUUGGAAAUGUUUGGCGAUUUCCGUACUUGUGUUAUAAAUAUGGAGGCGGUGCAUUCCUGGUCCCUUAUUUUACCUUUGUUCUGCUCGUGGCAGUGCCGACAAUGUUGCUCGAAUUUUCAAUGGGCCAGUUCAUGUCGCUUGGAGGAAUAAAAGUAUGGAAAAUUGUUCCGAUCGCGAAAGGCAUUGGCUUUGCUGGGAUGAUUCUUUCGAGCUGGUUCGCUAUCUACUACGUGGUGAUUCUCGCGUGGGCACUUUUUUACUUUCUCCACUCUGCAACCGGAAAUUCUCCUUGGUCAAACUGUGACAACUCCUUCAACAGCCCCUGCUGUUCUUCGGAAUAUAAUCAAAACGGAACCCUCGUCAUCCCCGAAGCUUGCAACUCUACAGCCCAGUUGCCCGAAACAGAAUUCUGGUUUCAGCGAACUUUGAACAUUUCUUCUGGUUUUGAAGAUGUAGGAAGGCUUCGAUUAGAGCUUCUCGGCUGUCUUGUCAUUAUGUGGGUUCUUGUCUUCUUCUGUGUUUUCAAGGGGAUCAAGUCAACUGGCAAAUCUGCUUAUGUAACAGCAACGAUGCCAAUGAUCAUGCUCCUCUUCCUCGUUGGAAACGGAGUCUCCCUCCCAGGAGCUUCAAUCGGCCUAAGAUAUUACCUCAAACCAGUUUACCAUAAACUCGUCGAUCCAGAAGUAUGGCUUGCUGCCGGCAGCCAAGUCAUCUUUAGCUACGUCCUCGGCACUGGAGUUCUUACAACGCUUGGAAGCUUCAACAAAUACGAUUAUAACAUUUUCAAAUGGACCUCUCGGCUUUGCUUCCUGAAUUGUUCCGCCUCGUUUCUCGCUGGAAUCGCAAUUUUUAGCGUCUUGGGAAACAUGUCGUACGAAACAGGCAUUCCGAUGGAGACAGUUGGACGAAGUGGACCAGGACUGGCUUUCAUCGCCUAUCCCAGGGCUUUGAAAGCACUGCCGUAUUGCCACGUCUGGUUCAGUUUGUUCUUUGGAAUGUUGAUCAUUCUUGGUUUGGCUUCGGAAUGCUCAGUUAUUGAGUCGAUUUCGUCAAUGAUCGUGGACUUCCAUCAAAGCUGGUUUGACAAGAAGAAACAUAGAAGACCCAUCUUUGUGUUCUUUGUUUGCGUUUUGUUUUUCUUGAUGGCUCUUCCACUAAUCAAUCAAGGUGGAAUCUUCCUCUUCAAUUUAUACGACUCAUAUUCGGUCUCUGGAAUCUGCGUCCUCGUUGUUGUCAUCAGCCAGAGCAUCGCAAUGGGCUGGCUUUACGGAGUCGAAAAAUUCUACGACGAUCUUUUUGACAUGUUCGGCCACAAAAUGGAUCCCCGAAGACGACCAUGGUCAUUUUUCGGAAUCUGCUGGAAAUGGAUUACGCCUGCAAUUUGCUCAGCUGUUUUGCUUGCACAAGUUAUUUCGGUGAAAAAGCCAAGUUACAGUCUUCCAAGUGGAAUUUAUCAGUAUCCAGCUUCGGGAACUGCCGUUGCAGCUUUUAUGACUCUGUCCACUUUCGAGCUCUUAACGCUGCCCAAUCUUCCGGUAGAUCAUCCUUCAAGGCAAGAACUGAAGUUAAUUGAUGAACAAAAGUAA